CACCUGUUUUUUCAACUCAAUUUGAAGAGAUGAACAAAUUUUUUAUCGGCGUCAUCUGUGCUGUUUUAGCUCAUGUAAAUGGAGCCUCGAUAAACCCUACCAACAGCCGCAAAAUUGUCGGUGGCUUCCAGAUCGACAUCUCCGAGGUGCCCUACCAGGUGUCACUCCAGUGGUAUGGCCGUCACGCCUGUGGCGGUUCAAUAAUAUCCGAACGAUGGAUCCUAACCGCAGCCCACUGUAUGGACGACAAUUUGGACCCCGCGACGCACCAGGUCCGCGUGGGUUCAACGGAACACGCCGACGGCGGUCGACUGGUUCCGGUUCGUAGUAUCUUCGUGCAUCCGUACUACGACGAUCGGGAUCUACAGUUCGACUACACGCUGCUGGAGUUGGACGAAACGUUGGAGUUUGGAGAAACCGUCCAGCCGAUCGAACUUGCUACGGAGGAACCCAAGGACGGCGAGCUGAGUCUGGUGUCCGGUUGGGGCCAAACGCAGAACGAGGAAGAAUCGCGCGAUCUGCUGCGGGCCGUGGUCGUUCCGAUUGUGGACCGGACCCGCUGUGGAGAGGCGUACCGGGUCGAUUUUGAGACGCUGCCGGAGAGUAUGAUUUGCGCCGGGGAUUGGGAGGAGGGCGGACGGGACGCGUGCUACGGGGACAGCGGCGGACCGUUGGUGGUGGACGGCAAGCUGGCCGGAAUCGUUUCGACGGGCGAUGGAUGUGCCAAGCCGGGAGCGCCCGGGAUUUACGCGAAUGUGGUGACGGUGCGGGAGUGGAUUAGGGAGGUUUCGGGAGUGUGAGGAUUAAGAUUUGUUUAAAAAAAAACUAUUGUUGGUACUGGGGAUCGUUCAUCAACCACGUAGUCUCAUUAGCGGGCAAUGUUUUUAGACCACGUGGUAAGUGAAUGAUACCAUAUUGAGAUUCAAAGAAAGUGUGCAUAAUAAGACGAAAAAUGGUUUUGUAUUUCGUUG